AUGGCUACCACUCCACUAAACAUCUACUUUCUCCUUUUGGUAUAUUUUCUAUGCGAAACAGUGGUAUUCGCAGAACCCAUACCCCUCCGCUCGUCACUUUCCCCCCUUGGUCCUAACUCUUCAUGGUCUUCAAAUUCUGGUCGAUUUAAAUUUGGAUUUUACAAUCCAAGCGACGGCUUCAAAGUUGGAAUCUGGUUACUUGAUGGGACUAAUAAAACAAUCGUCUGGACUGCAAAUCGCGAUGACCCUCCUGUCUUCUCAAAUGCAAAGCUUGUUCUAACCGAGAGAGGUCAGCUUUCUCUACGAACAGAUCAAGGGCAACCGAAGGUUAUUGCUCAUAGUAACAAAGGAAAUGUUUCCUCUGCUUCCAUGCUUGAUUCUGGAAACUUUGUUCUGCAAAACGAAAGUUUACACAUCCUUUGGCAGAGUUUCGAUUACCCAACUGAUACCAUGUUAGGGGGUCAAAAACUACAUUCUGGGAGUCAAUUGGUGUCUAGUUCAUCAGACACCAACCAAUCUUCUGGAAGGUUUCAACUCUCUAUGCAGGCUGAUGGAAACCUUGUUCUGUACCCACGAUAUUCUGGUCGUACAGCUUAUGAUGCUUACUGGGCCUCUGACACCACUUAUCAUGGCACAAGUUUCAAAUAUUAUCUUUUCCUCAACAACACAGAUCCUCAGCCUCUGUGCAUUGUAAAUGCUAGUAGUUCCAACUCAGAAAUACUUUGGUGGAGGGGUGAUAGCAGCUUCAAAGGAAACAAAACUAUUUAUCGCGCAACUAUUCAUUCUGAUGGAGUUUUACGACUCUAUGCUCAUUUUGACAACGCAGAUGGGAAACACCAAGUUAUGAAGUUAUGGUCACCACCAGAUUUGGACAACCUUUGUAAUGUGAAUUCUUUUUGCGGGUUCAACAGCUAUUGUACCGUCAAUGACAACCAACCUUAUUGUAAUUGUCUUCCCGGAACUGAUUUUACAGACCCAAGUGAUCAUAAUCUGGGAUGCAAAAGGAACUUCUCAGAAGCAGAAUGUAAGGGUGGGAAAGACAAUGCAACUUCUUAUUUCAUGUACCCCAUGGAACAUAUGAGAGUAGGUGAUCUCGAUCUUCCUUAUACAGAGGAAGACAUUUUAGAGGGGGAAUGCCCGUUUUCUUGUUUGCAAGACUGUUUCUGUGGGGCUGCAUUUUAUGAAAACAAUCGCUGCAAGAAACAAGAACUUCCAUUAAGAUAUAUUGGCAGAGAAACACAAGUGUCCUCCUCCUCCUAUACAAUAUACUUCAAGGUGGGAAAUCAGAGCCUCAGAAGCAACAAUGCUUCAUUUUCCAUAUCUGAGCCUGACCAACCACCUCCCAUCAAGACUACCAGUAAGAAAGCAAUUAAGGUGAUCAUUCUCAUUGUUUUGAGUUUCGUUAUUCUUUUGUGUUCUGCUGUUGCAAUCUCUAGCCGAUUUAUAUACAAGAUUGGAGUUUUAAGUUACAAGAGGUUGCUGGAGACUGGAGAUUUAGGCUUGAGCGAAGGUACUACUCUGAGGGUAUUUUCAUACAAUGAGCUCAAGAAAGCAACACAUGGCUUCAAACAAGAGGUGGGUAAGGGUUCUUUCGGAUCAGUUUACAGAGGAACUUUACAUAAAGGAAGAAAACUGAUUGCCGUAAAAAGGCUACACAGGUUUAUUGAAGAAGGAGAGAGAGAAUUCCAAGCUGAAAUGCGAGCCAUUGGGAAAACACACCACAAAAACUUAGUUCGCUUACUGGGAUAUUGUGCUGAGGGAUCUAAAAGGCUUCUGGUUUAUGAGUACAUGAGUAAUGGCUCCCUUGAGAAGCUCAUCUUUGGUGACAGUACUGUACGUCCAGAUUGGGAUGAGAGAAGAAGAAUAGCACUGGACAUUGCAAGAGGCUUGUUGUAUCUGCAUGAACAAUGCAAGGCUCCCAUCAUUCACUGUGACAUAAAGCCUCAAAACAUAUUGAUGGAUGAGUUUUUCAGAGCUAAAAUAUCAGACUUUGGGUUAGCCAAACUUCUAAUGCCGGAUCAAACAAGAACCUUCACUCAAGUUAGGGGCACGAGAGGCUAUUUGGCUCCAGAGUGGAAUAAGAACACUCCAAUAACAGUGAAAGCAGAUGUUUAUAGCUAUGGAAUAAUGCUUUUGGAGAUUGUAUUUUGCAGAAAAAGCUUAGUGGUCAAUAUGUUGAAUCCAGAGCAAAUUGUUCUGUCCAAUUGGGUGUACAAGUGUUUUGCUCGGAGGGAGCUAAACAAGCUGGUUGCUGGGGAAGAAGUGGAUAAUAGCUUACUGGAGAAUAUGGUGAAAGUGGGGUUAUGGUGUAUUCAAGACGAGCCUUUUCUUCGGCCAUCAAUGAAGAGUGUGGUAUUGAUGCUUGAGGGAGUUACGGAAGUGGCUGUUCCUCCUUGUCCGUCUCCUGAUUCUACUUGACAUUAAUUUCUC